AUGUCGAUUAGCAGAAGCUCAGAUCUUAUUAGAUUUUCUUUGAAUCAAACAAGGAUCGAAAAGCUUGUGGUUUGUUUAGGAUAUUUGAAAGCGUCAGAGUCUGCGUGCCGCGGCGCACUUGCGUCUCGGGUUACAAGCCUGUUGCUUUACAACUGCCGACCUGCCCUCAACGAUAUUCACGAUCCGGAUCGCACCAGGUUACACGCUCGCGACGUUCGUGGAGCCUCACGACGGUGUUAUGAUGCGUACACUAAUAUCAUUGGUAUGAAGGGGAAUAAACGCAAGAGAAGACGCUUCCAAUCCAUUGCCUUCCGUUUUCCACAGACGUGGGACUCAGAGCCAGUUCCAGACUUCAUGGGUCUUUGGUGUGAUCGUCUGUUGCUUGGGGAUCAUAGUCAGCCUCAUCGUGUUGCAGUGCUAGAGCCGUGUGUACCUGUACAGUUUCAAGGAGAGGCUAUUACGCGUGUAGCGCAAAGUCAUCGCCACUUACGACAGGAAGAUGUUCUAGUGGUUUCAUCAACCCAGAGCCUGCCUUUUGGAAUGGUGCGUGUUGUGGAUGGUGUGGGUCUCAACGGUUUAGAAAGACACAUACAAGACUGUAGGCUCGAUAACAGCGAGUACAGUAAUCCAGGAUCAAUAGGUGUUGAAGUUGCUUCACAUGCAAUCCAGCAGAUCCCUGAAUCAUGCAGACCAUGCUCUUCCUUAUUGAUUGGUGUUGGCCACGAAGUAGGUUUACGGGCCAGCUUUACCGCUGAAGAAGAGAAACGAUUGAAUAAGUGCCUCAUCCCCCUAGCCACUUUUGGCUGCGCCCUGUGGUCAGUAAAUAGACAAAAGUGCGUGGAUUACAUGCAACAUUUGACCCCAACUCCCGAUUUUUUAGAUCAAGGUAAGGCAAAUUAUCGAUUAUGGCGUACAAUGCAGGCGGCUAUGCUUUCCACACGUGACACGGCCCUUCUGAAUGGAUAUAGCAAUAAUACUCCACUCGACUCACGGUUAAGUAUGAACCACCAAGAGUAUUUGGUACAAAGACUCUUAGAAAAACUGGGUGAAGGACACCAAAUAUUUUAAAUAGUUUGAAUACUGAGACAGUACUUAGAAAAAUACUCUGAGUUAGGAGAAUUGAGUUCACCAAUAAGCUUCUUAGAGAUGACAUUAUCAGGGUUCGCUAACGAACCACUCGGGCUUCACUUUAUUCCGUGUAUUUGUGUGUGUAUUUGUUCCUAA